GCGGCAAAGAUACAAAAUGCCCAAGCUGGCGUCCGCCGUGGCCUGCCUCGUGGCCAUCUACCCGCUGGCGAUGCUCGCCUGCAUCGAGUCGCUCUCGUACGGCCUCCUCGUGCCCGUGCUGCCCAUCACGACGACCGAGUACUUUGCCCGCAAGGCCAACCACGGCGUGCCCAUUGACUGCGUCCGCAACCACACCGCCAGCGUGUGCAUUGCGGGCUCGCGCCAGGCCAACCUCUGGUCGAGCGCGACGUCGUCGGCGGGGUCCAUCGUGAGCUUCCUCCUCGCGCCGCUCGUGGGUCAAAGCUCCGACAUUUACGGCCGCAAGCCGUUUAUCGUGCUGGCCCAAGUGCUGCAUGUGGUCUACCCAUUCACCGUCUUGCUGUUCAACGACUACAACCAAGACAUUCUCAUCUACUUUAUCACGAAAUUUGUCUACAACGCCUAUCUAUCGGGCUCGGUCUUUGCCGCGUGCGUCGCCGAUGUCAUUGCGCCGCAGAACCGAGCGACGGCGUUCGGCGCCCUCUUUGCGGUCGGGUCGCUCUCGUACUCGCUCGCGAUCGCCUUGACGCAGCACCUCUCGACGUACCAAAUUCUGGUCACUUCGUGUGGGUUCUACGUCCUCCGGCUGAUCUGGAGUCUCGCGUGCAUCUCCGAGACGCUGCCCAAGCGCGUGGCCAAGCACGCGUCAACGACUGCGUCGCUCAACCCGUUUGUCGCGAUGGGCAUCCUUCUCCAGACACCCCUCUUUCGCGGUCUCUCCAUCAUCAUCGCUCUCUCGACCUUUGUCUCGUCGGGCUUGAUGAGCUACCGCACCUUCUACUUCAACAACGUGCUCGGGUUCGACAAGAAUGGCAUCGCGACCUUUAUGCUGCUCGUGGGCGUGAGCUCGAUGGUGGCCCAAGGCGUGCUCCUCCAGCCACUUCUCUCGGUCCUGCGCGAGAAAGGCGUCCUCGUCCUCUCGCUGCUGGCGUAUACCGGCAUGGCGGCCCUGUACCUCGUCUCGCUCCUCACCCACGACGCGGCGUGGAUCUUUGUCUGCGCCGUGCUCUCGGGCCUCGGCGACAUUGGCUUCGCGGCCAUCUCGUCGCUCAAGUCGAUCCACGUCAGCGCCCAGGACCAAGGCCACGUCCAAGGCGCGGUCUACGGCGUGCGGGCGUUCGCCACCGCGCUCGGGCCGCUCGCGUACUCGACGCUCUACGCGACGCUCUCGACCAAGAGCGAGAGCGAGCAAGCGGUCCCGUUCUUGCUCUCGCUGGUGCUCUACGCGGCGUCGGUCCUCGUCGCGUGCAAGCUGCGCGUCGGCGCGACGCCGACCUUUCUCGAUACCGAGAGCAGCACCGAAGACGAGGCAGGCCGCGUCCCGUUGCUUUUCGACGAAGAGCUGGCACCCUAGGAGA